GGGAAAGAUGACGGACUGCGUUGCAUCGAAAAAGCCUAAGUUAUCCUCUUCUCAGGGCGAGGAGAGAGUAGAUUGGAAGAAAUGGAAAGCGGAACGAAAAGAGAUCAAGAAGCAAGUCAAAGAAUCCAAGCUGAUUCAACAACUUGACAAGCAGAAGCAAGAGGUGGAGGAGAAGACUGAGGCAGCACUGCAGCAGAGUCAGAGGGAAAGCCGAUCAGGACGGUUGUACACAGUGAGCGUGGCCUUGCCUGGUUCUGUCCUGGACAAUGCCCAGUCUACAGAACUCCGCACGUACCUGGCUGGACAGAUAGCCAGAGCCUGCGUCGUGUUCUGUGUCGACGAGAUCAUCGUAUUUGACGAACAAGAUGAGGAUGUCAAGACUGUUGAGGGAGAAUUCAAUGGUGUCGGCAAGAAGGGUCAAGCCUGCAUUCAACUGGCUAGAAUCCUCCAGUUCUUGGAAUGCCCACAGUACCUGCGCAAAUCAUUCUUCCCAAUGCAUAAAGAUUUACAGUAUGCCGGCUUGCUCAACCCUCUGGACAGCCCUCACCACAUGAGGAAGGAUGAUGAGUGUGAGUACCGGGAGGGAGUGGUCCUCGAUCGGCCUAGCAAACCAGGAAAAGGCUCCUUGGUCAACUGUGGGAUGUGGAAGGAGGUGCAGAUAGAUAAGCAGCUACAGUCUGGUCUCAGAGUCACUGUCCACAUGAACAAGAUCCAGAAUAAAGAUGGUAGACUACACAAAGGGGUGGUGGUGGCGCCUCACAAGCCGCGAACAGAGGGAGGUCUGUACUGGGGCUACAGUGUUCGCCUGGCCUCAAGUCUAAGUAAUGUGUUCACUGAGUGUCCACAUAAAGAGGGCUAUGAUCUGACCAUUGGAACAUCUGAGAAAGGCGUAGAUGUUGACACAACUUCUCUUUCUCCAUUCAAGCACAUGUUGGUUGUGUUUGGUGGUCUGCAGGGCUUGGAGGCCAGUGUGGACGCUGAUCAGAACCUGGAGGUGACGGACCCCGGUGUCCUGUUUGACCUGUACCUCAACACCUGCCCCAACCAGGGCAGCAGGACCAUCCGCACAGAGGAGGCCAUCCUGAUCUCCAUGUCCAGCCUGAGGCAGAAAAUCACAGCCGCAUUUCCAGACAAGUCGAACGUUUCAUAACAGGAAGUGGCUACUGACAAACCAUCACUGAGAGGAAGUCUAAAGGAUCUAAAAAAUAAUUCACUUUUUUGGGGAACUGGGUGAAGCUAACUGACCCAGGAGUCGAUGGUUUAAUAUUUAAAUACUUCUGGGAUCGAAUGAAUGGACAUUGCUGGGAUUAUUCUGUGCUGUUUUUUUAUUUAUUCAAGGGUAAGAGAUCACAGCAUAAGUGAAGAAGAACCCAGUGUCUUAGCCAUGAGACCUCAUUCUUGGUGUUUCCUUAUCUACAUCCUCUCUCUUUGGUAGCUUUUUGCUAGUUAAUGCUAAUGCUAGCUUUGCUUUGUUUCUACUAUCCCCUCUGUAUAGGAUUCCAGGUGAAUUAAGUCAUUUAUAUGCAUCAGUUUAUGUAAUUUGUUCUCAAGACGCAUUACAGAACAUACAUG